CGAUGUUUCUCUCGACGUUUUGUUUAUUUUCAGUCAAUUAACAAUAUUAUAAUGAAAUCAGAUAUUCGUAUAAACAAAGACUGUUGUUAUAGUUUUGGGUGAUUUGCAUAUAUCUGAACGAUGGUAUUGUUGGCUAAUCUGAGCAUAACUUAUGUGAUCUUAAUGUUAAUGACGUUGGUGGGAAUGACGUUAUCUUUAAAAUGCUAUAUUUGUCAUACGAAUGACAACAGCCUUUGCACCGAUGAAUUCUUACAGGACUGUCCAUCAAACCAGGCCUACGAUAAAUCUUUGGACGGCCUACACAUCAAGAAGGAGUGUGCGUUAGCCCCGUGCCAUUUGCGGGACCCGAAGCUCGUGUUCAUCACAUUUGCCGAUCAGUGCAAAAACAAUGACGACGACUGCAUCUACUGCUGCGGCACCGACGGCUGCAACAAAGACGGCUCAGCCCUCAUAUCUGCUCACAACCUACUGAUAGUAAUUAUGCUUUUCACUAGCUUUCUAGUCGUUAAUUCCUCGCCAAUUGCCGUCAAUUAACUUAAUUUUCUCGCAAAAUAAAACUCUAAUACCUCUGAGAAUUGAGAGCUCUAUGUCUCUCUCGACCAUAAGAUUAUAUUUAAUAAGUUAUACUUGAAAUUCAUAUCAAAUGUUACUAAAAAACAAAAUUAUAGCUCAUAAUGAACUCAGUAAUACUCUUCGGUAUUAAAUGAGUAGAAACUUUUGAAACUUAAUUAAACUCUGGAAUAC